AGCGUCGUCACGUAAUCAUUUAUAUUUUAUUCGGUAGUCGACGAGUAGGUAGUAAUAUUUUGUGUACAUUUUUGACUGAAAUUUUACUGGAAAGUAAGUUGAUCAAGGUUCAGGAUUUUCAGCCUCAGAAAAGUGAACUGAAGAAAGAAGGAAAGAAGUCAUCCCCUAGGAUAAUCCCUAAUCCCUAUGUGGUCAUUAAUUGUUCCACCGUUGUUUGGAUUAUUUUUCUCUCAAUCACCAUAUUGUUUCAGAUACAAGGCUCUCAGAAGAGAAGAAAGAACAUUUUCGUAAUUGGACCUGCACUAUGUACCCUUCCGGUUUGACAGGGAUGAGAAUAAGGGAUGAUGGACCGGUCAAGGUCGAAGUUUACAUCUUUCACGACGGAGAUGAAUCGUUCGCAGCAUCAGCUGGUUUUUUUGAAAAGAACAAGGAACAAUGGACAGAAAAAAAUGCCCCUUUUUACCCUACCUUUACUUCAUUUGUUGGGCCGACAGUGCGAACGUGACUAAAACAACGUCCUUCACCUCGGUACGACAACAAAUACAUGCGUACUGAAGUCUGGUGGAACUGCGCAGCUAGUUAUCAACGGAACAUCAAGUAAAAUAUACGUUCAGACCCGUUAUUAUGUUCAUAACAAACUCGUACUCGGUUGUGUUUACUUACAGUAAAUUUAUUCCUUUUUAUAAACUGCGUGCUGCCGUGUGUAUAUGGCAAUAUUUUAGUUGGUAAUUUUACAUAUCCGGUGAAAAUUUAUCGUACCAAGAUGAAAGCAAUAAGGCGACCUGUGCUAAUAUGGCUGUCCAAAAAAACCUCUUUUUGUCCAUGUAUCGUACAACGCAGACAGAUGUCUUCUUCUCAGAUCGCCACCGCAUUGAGACCCUUUUACUUCUUCGUUCAUCCAGAUUUAUUCGGAAAAUACCCUUCGGAAAGAGCUGUGAAUGAAAGCUCGUUGCAAUCGUUGAGCUCGUUUAUCGAGACUGUAAAAUCAGAAAAACCUCAAUCGGCGACCACCUUAACAUUUUACCUGAAACCUCAAGAAAGCGAAAGACGUUUGAAAUCUGUUAAAAUUCGACUCAAUGAGAACGAUAUACAGAAAACUGUUUCGUCCUUAUUGUCCAGCUGCAAUUUACCGACUACGUACGUUGAUAAUUUAACGAAAAAUGAGAAGUAUCCUGGACCUGGUUUUAAGCGAAAGAUGAAUUACUCGUAUUCUUUCGACGAUAAUGCCGAAGAUAUGAUUAAUAAUAUGGAGUAUGCUAUUAGACAAACAUUGGAUCAUCAGUUCCUAUGCGAUUGGCUUAAGAAAAAUAUUUCUAAAGCUCAAGAAAGACUGAAAAAAUGCGAACCUGUCAGAGAAGAGAUCUCUCGCCUCCAGACUGAAAUUUCAGCCGCUCUUGGUAUCUCAGAACUUAUAUUAGAUUGUGGUUGGAAUAUUAGACAUUACAGAGGCUGUUUGGUCAGUUUUCAAAAUCUAGCUCAUCAUCAUCCCAAAGAAAUGGAGAUAUUGAAAGGUCGAACCUUGGUCUUCGGUAGUCAUACUGGGAUGUCAUUUGAUGGACACGUACUUCUCAACAGUGGAGAAGUUCGUCAUAAUUGGUUAGAUUUUAUUAAAAAUAUUCCUAAAGAAGACGCGGUCCUAUUGACUUUACCAUCGUUUGAAAAAUCAGUUUCCAGAGUCCUUCGAGAUAUUAAGAUAGUUAGAAGAAAAUUCCAACCGAAAACGAUGGCUAAACAGUACGAAGAUAAUUUACGAAGAUUGACGACAACUUUGAGCGAUCACCUUGGCCGAUAUGGUUUUCCAAGAGAUUGGCCCCAGUCUUUAUCAAAUUACGAAUUAGUAGUUGAAACCGAGGCAGGACCUUUAAUGGUUUCGCCAACGGGCCAGUUCAUUGUACCAUCGUCUUGUCCUUCGACUCUUCUAGUCAAUUUUAUUACAGAUAAUUUAGACGAGGCGGAACGUUUAAAUGAACAUUAUCAAAGCCAUAAACAUAUCGAAAAAGAUUUAGAAAAAAAAUGCGUCGACGAAUUCGAACUUUCCGAUAUAUCGAAGGAAGACAACAUCUCGCCCGAUCUGAUGAUCAACUGUUGCUCGCGUCUGUUGAAAAAUAAAGACUCCCUUAAGUAUUUAUUAGAAGGUUCCCAUCUCUAUGUCGCUAAUUAUUACAGCAUUAUGUCUGACGGACAAAUCUGUAUUCCUUGGAACUGGAAAUUGUGAUGUGUAUUGUAUAAAUUUUGAUGUAAAAUUUCGUCGUUUGUAUUUUCUAGCAUUUUUAUUGCCUCUAUUCGUUAUUUUGAAAAUUUCAUUAAGUGUUACUCUCAGUAAGGUGAAAUCUGCUGUACCCAACGUGUUAUUUUUGUUAGUGCAAUAUAUCUUACUUAUUUAUGCUUUUAAA